AUGUCCAUCCGUACCGUAGGCGUUGUCGGCACAGGGGUGAUUGGUGCAUCUUGGGCUGGCUUGUUCUUAGCACAUGGCCUGCGCGUGCUGGUCUCGGACCCUGCUCCCAAUGCAGAAAAAGGGCUGAAGGAUGCUAUCCAUACACUCUUGCCCAUUCUUGAAGUAAUUCGUCCUCAUUCCAACAUCGAUCUAUCUAAGCUGGAAUUUGUCGGAUCCAGUUUGGGACAUCGCCUUGGCGAGGUUGAUUUCAUCCAAGAGAACGCACCUGAAAGAGUUGACCUCAAGACCAAGUUGAUUGCUGAGCUCGAUGCCGGCGCCAGACCUGAAGUCGUGAUCGCUUCUUCAUCCUCUGGCAUUCCAAGCUCACAGUUCAUCUCCAAUUGUGCCAAGAAUCCAGGCCGUGUACUCAUCGGUCAUCCAUUCAACCCGCCUCACUUGAUGCCACUGGUUGAAGUCGUCCCGCACCCCGGGACAGACUCUAAAAGCGUUGAUACAGCUGUGAGCUUUUACAGGUCGAUUGGAAAGACCCCCGUGGUCAUCAAAAAAGAAGUUCCUGGUUUCGCAGCAAACCGUCUCCAAGCUGUCCUCUGCAAUGAGGUCUACAGCUUGGUCAGCAACGGCGUCAUGUCCGCAAAGGACGUUGACACCUGCGUGACCUCCAGUCUCGGUCCGCGCUGGGCUGUGACAGGCCCGUUGAUGUCCAACGCUAUGGGCGGCGGUGGAGGAAGCGAUGGGUUUCGACAUCUCCUGGAGCACCUUGGGCCUGCCUCCCAGCAGUGGCUGGAGCAUAUCAAGGCCAAUUCCUUCCAGUGGGAUACCGAGAGUCUUGACAAACUUACCGACAGUGUCGGGGAGGAGUUACAGGGUGCUAAUGUCAAAGAGCUGGAGAAGGAACGUGACAGGCUACUCGUGGAGAUUCUCAAACUCAAAGGCAGUCUCUAG